AGGCCGCCCGGCUGCAGAUGAGGAACUUGGGGCACGUGACUAACCCUAGGCCAGUUAGCCCAAGCGCUGGGUCUCCUGACCGCCAGGUCAGUCGCCAGUCCCCCGCCAGCCUCAUGCCAGCUUGCCAUGGGUAACAGCUGGUGUACAAAGAACCUGUGCCCUUUGCUCUACGUGGGCUUGGGGCUGCUGGGGCUGCUGCUCCUGGUCGGGACCAUUCUGUCCGCCUGUCUGUGCCGGCUCCUUAGGAGAGUGAAGCGGCUGGAGAGGAGCUGGGUCCAGCGCUCGGGGGAGACGGAGCUCCAUUACGCGUCUCUACAGAGGCUGCCCGUGCAGAGUGCAGAGGGCACGGAGCUGGCCCACGGAGAAGGAGAAAGCAUGAAGGAGGACCCCAGUGCUGACUACGCCUGCAUUGCUAAAAACAAGCCCACCUGAGCGCCCAGGACACCUGCUUCGCCCCAGCCAGAGGCCAGCAUCACCCGGUGGUGCUCCCAGUAAAGACUGUGGUGCGGUCA